AUGGCUGCCAGUGCCUCCGGUCCCCAGAUCUUCGAUGAUGCGAACCGAUCACCCGGCAAGACGUCCAUGUUCCGGGCCAUAAUGUCGCCGAAAUCACAUAAACGAAACCAAUCGGCUGAUGAUGCCGUUGCCCCACGGCCUCUGCAGCGAAGCAAGCCAUCCGAGAACAACACUUAUCCAUUUGGCGAGGAGUCGGGCCCCCUCGGCGGCUAUCAUCCGUUGAGUGAGAUCGUUCCAAACCGGGAUGCGGGGGAGAACGGAGUACCUGCUCCAAAGAUGAACAAAGGGCCAAAAGGCCCCAUGCAUAAAAAGACCAAGAGUGCCGUCUCCUUGAAGUCAUUGAGAAGCUACAUGGAGCGGAAAGAUGGGAAGCCGGAGGAGCCAACGGAGGAAGGAGAGGGUUUGUCUCCCAAGAAGGCUAAAUCGUCUACCAGUCUCUCAGCCAUCCUCAAACGAUCCCAGCGUGGGCGAAAGGGCGAUGGAUCUAAGCAGACUCGCGACAAAGAAAACCGCAGCCCAACCGACCUGAUCGAUAAUAUGCCAUCCCCAGUGUGGUCUCAGGACUCAGCAUCCGUCCAUAGAGAGCCCGUCGCCCAGCAACGGAACUUUUAUGACUACCAUCAACCAUCUAUCGCGAAAGGGAGUGAUGCGAAGCCUCGCCCGAAGUCAGACAUCCUGUCUGGCAAUCGGAGAGUGAAGGACCUCUUUGGUCUGCAGCGAGCAUCGUCGAGGGAGAGCGAGUCUGCUGGCCAAUAUGAUAAUGUUUCCACCAAGAGCCGAGGGCCCCCAAGCCCUCGGAAAACAGCUCCUCCUACGGUGAAAGAGGAGCCCAAGCGGUUAUCUCGUGUGCAGGCCGCCAUCUCCGCGUUCAACGCAAAGGAGCGGGAUGCUGAUGUGCACCAGCACCUGAACUCGAAGGACCUCGAGAGCGAAUUCGAAAAGUUGCUGGAUGCAAGGAACAUUCCCCAUAAUAUGCGAGAUAAGAUGCGUUCACUCGACACCAAUAUCAAGGCAGACUUUAUUCAGAAAGACCGAACGGAGAACACUCCUCUUAGCGCAGGGACCGGCGACAGCCGCCGAGGCCGUGGAAAGGAGUCGCUGGAUGGCCAAUCUCAGGAUCGGAAGGGCUCCCGCUCACGGUCUAGAAGCCGUGGCUUCACACUGAGCAAAGGCCCAUCCUCGCCCGGUAAAAAACUACGGCGGGAUAGUGAAGCCUCGAACCGUCGCCCGAAAUCGGUCGAUCUGUCCCAGCCUGUUGGUGUCUACACGACACUCUCAGCUGCGGGUUCUACUGCGUCACUUUCUGAGGCCGCAGCUGUUGAUACUGCGGCAGAUCCCUCUGACUUUGUGCACUACCUACGAGAGAUCCAGAAGCCCGAGAUGGUUGAAGUUGGAAAGGUGCAUAAAUUGCGCCUUCUUCUUCGCAACGAAACCGUCAACUGGGUUAAUGGAUUCAUCAUCGAGGGAGGCAUGGACGAGAUUGUGCAGCUUCUCUAUCGCAUUAUGAACAUGACCUGGAGAGAGGACCACGAGGACACACUCUUGCACGAGGCAUUGCUUUGUCUGAAGGCUCUUUGCACGACAUCUGUCGCGUUGGCCCACCUCUCUUCUAUUGAGGAUGAGCUGUUCCCCGCCUUGCUCAAGAUGCUCUUUGACGAAGAGAAGAAGGGCCCUAGCGAGUUCACCACCAGAGGCAUCAUUGCCAAUCUACUGUUCACGCAGCUUUCUACCGCCCCUGCUGGUGAUAUGGCAGUAAAGCGCACCAGGCAGAUCCUCGGCUAUUUGCAGGACCCAGCGCCACCAGAAGACAACCAACCACUGUCCUUCAUCGCUAAUAUCUACCAGUCACGGCCAUACCGUGUGUGGUGUAAGGAGGUCACCAACGUUACUAAGGAGGUGUUUUGGAUCUUCCUUCAUCAUCUCAAUGUCAUUCCCCUCCCCAAGACGGAGGACUUGUUCGGUGAAAGGCCACCAGAAGACAUUCGUCCUUAUGUUGAACGUCACUUCCCACCCCCUCGUCCCCCCGUCCCAGCUGCACCAUAUGUUGGCGGCGUCGAGUGGGAUGCGACAAACUAUCUUGCCGCGCACCUCGAUCUUGUGAACGGCCUGAUUGCCUCUCUUCCUACCUCAGACGAGCGUAACAAACUCCGCGCUGAGCUCCGUUCCUCCGGCUUCGAGAAAGUCAUGGGCGGCAGCCUGCGUACCUGCAAGGAGAAGUUCUAUUCCUCCGUGCAUGACUGUCUGCGCACCUGGGUUGCCGCUGCCGCAGAUGAUGGCUGGCCAUACACCUUCGUGCGCGAAGGCCCGCCUCGGACAGGCGAGCCUGGCUCCCCAACCAAAUCCCCUAAGAAGUCGGCGCCUGGCAGCCCAAAGAAGGGCCUAGUCGAUGAGCGUCCACCUAAGCUCGAGCUUGCGCUCGACUUCUCCAACAACUGUCCAGCUCCAGGCCCGACCACCCCGUCGAGCGACAUGCGCAGCUGGCUCUAA